AUUAAACUCCAAGUACUAGCAUGCGAUGGAUCUUCCAAUGGAACAUGCACUCCGCCGGUCAAUGCUGCUGAUCCGAGGGGAACCGGGUAAAUCGGACCAUCUACAAGACAUCCUGUUCGAUACGGCCAUCAAGUACACGCAUACCGGGUUUCGUGUUUUGUUCUUCACGCAAAAGCCACUCGAACGGGUCGCAACCAGCAUUCGGGAACAAUUUAGCGAUCUGUUCAAAAUGAUUACCUUUAUCUAUGUUCGAACAAUCGAUGCUGCCUUGAAACGUCUGCUCGAUCUGCAGCGCUGGACUAACUGCAUUCCGGGCUUAGUUAUAGUCGAGUCGUUUGAUCUGCUGGCCACUUCGAAUCCGAAUGAUACGCAAAAUAAGCAAGACUUCCAGCGUGCGUUGUUUUUGGCCACUCUAGCAGAUACUGUGCGUACGAUUUCGUUCAAUCAGAAAGGGACGUGCAACUGUAUCGUUUCGCUGAACCAUGACACACUGGCGACGGUGCCUUUCGAACUAUUCUAUCGGGAGCAUAACGUCCUCGAUUUGAGCCAUAUACACGAAUCAUCGGAUAUUCUAUCGAUCAUGUUGGAAAAUGAGCAUAGUAUAGAAAGUAAUUUAUCGUAACUGAAGGGCGUUCGCGUGAAGCAGAGAACUAAAGGACAAACAUAAAACCGAAACAUCUUGCUCGAGAACCUGCAUGUCCUGACUUUGUACAUUAAUCCGGAACAUUUGAAAGAUCGUUAGGAAAGAAGA